AGUGCUUCACAAGUUGUCCCCGCGCCCAUCGUGAGGUUUUAUUCGAUCGCCUCAGCGCUCUCGCUCACAGAAGCGCCGAGAUGCGGGCGUCCACUUCAGCCAACGACGCCGGCGGCGCAGCUGCAGCGGCCCAGACGGCGACUACCGCUGCCACCGGCAGCAGCAAUUAUGCAGCGGCUUCGUCUUCCGAUCCCUCCGCGCCGCUCUUCUCGCCAGAGGAGAACAAGCUCUUCGACACCAUCGUCGAGGAGUGUAACUCCUUCCAGGACUAUGAGCGCCUGCACCAGGAAGUGCUGAUGACGCUGGAGAGCGACGAGGUGCUGGACCAGUUUCGAACCGAGUACGAAGGCCUGCACAAUUCCCUUCUGCACAGCCACGAGGGCGAAGGGCGGCUGCUGCGCAAGUGCACCGACCUGCAGAGCGAUAUUCAGGCCUGCACCGAGAAGGCGGCCUCCGCGGCGGAGCUCACGGCGGGGGAUCAGAACACCAUCGUGCACCUCCGCAGCGAGAUAGAGCGCACCUCCAGCAAACUCGUGCGCGUGAAGGAGAAGGAGGCGCAGUUAAAGGAGGCCGUCUUGACGCUGAAGCGCGAGGUUGCGGCAUGGCAGGUCAAGGCACAGGAGCCGGUGGAGCUGCCGGCGCAGGAGGCCGCCUUCCAGAGUCUCCGCAGCCUGCACGAGACGGUGCAGCGGGAGGAGGAGCGGCUGGUCCAGCAGCUGCGGGGGACCACCUUCGACGCCGCCGCCACCCAGCGCCGCAUCGCCGCGCUCCUCGAGAGCAACACCACCAACGAGGCGGAGCUGAAGGAACUGAGAGACAGCAUCGCCGCGAAGGAGGACGAGACGCAGCGCAUUUUGGACGCGAAGAGCGCGAAGGAGGAGGAGCUGCGCGCGAUGCGGGUGACGGUAGCACGACGGGUCCUCUACCACACCUCGCAGCAGGAGACGCUCGACACCCUCGCCGAGGACCACGAGCGCAACGGGCAGGAGCUGCGCGAGGUGAAGCGGGAAGAGGUGCGGCUCACCGAGGAGUACCAAGGUGUGGGCCGGCAGCUGCAGCACGUCAACACCGCCCUGCAGGAGUGCAACGAGGAGAACGACUUGUGGCAGCGGCGGGUUCAGGAGCGGACGGAGGAGCUGCAGACGCAGCAGGCGAACGUCGCGGCGGUGCACACCCGCUACGUCAAGGCACAGAAGGUGGUCGAGGCGCUGCAGAAGCGCAACGCGGUCACGGAGCAGCAAAGGGCCGACGAACACGAGAAGCAGCGCGAGAUGGCGGUGCGUCUGAAGCAGAGCGAAGCGGACCUCGUCCGGGCGCGACAGCUCUUUUCGGCCGAGGAGCAGACGCUGGCCUCCGUCAAGAAGGAGAUCAAUUUGCUGCAGCAGAACAUCGCCGGGGAGGUGGGGCAGCAGCAGCGCAACGCGGCCUGGCUCGCCGAGAAGCAGGGCCAGCUGCACGUGCUGGAGAGCACCCUCGCCGCCUCGGAGGAGCACAACCACCAAGCGCGGCAGGAGCUGUACAUCGUCGCGCAGGAGGCGGAGGCGCACGAGGCGGCGGCCAAGGACAACGCCUUCCACUGCGCCCACCUGCUGAGUGACAUGGAGAACUUGCAGGCGGAGCUGGCGCUGCAGGAGACGCGCCUGGGCGACACCGCGGCACAGAUACGGCAGCAGCAGCAACUGCUGGAGUCGACGGUGGCGGAGCGCAACACGUACACCACACACUACGACCAGCUCAAACACGGGCUGAGUGAGCAGCAGCAUCAGUUCGGCCUCCUGCUGGCGCAGAUUAAAAUAAUGAAAAACGCCGUGCAAAAGCGCGAGCACGAGGUGAAGGUGGAGGACGCCCACAUCCAGCUCCUGAAGCAGCAGCAGAAAGACUUAGAGGGACAGCUGACGGAGUACCAGCGGCGAGCGGGCAAGAGGCACCGCACGGCGGACAUGCUCGUCCAGGAGAUGCGCCAACUCCGCUCCGUCCUGGGCGACGCCGAGGACGAGACGGCGCGACAGCAGCGACGGUGCCGCGAUGUCCAACACGAGCGCGACGUGCUCCACCGCCAAGUGACGGACCGCGCGAAGGAGCUCAACGUCCUCUACGAGCGGGCCCACACGCAGCAGUCGAUGCUGCAGAGCGGCGAGAUCGUCUACGCGGACCAGGCGCACGAACUCGAGCACCUGGCCUAUCAGACCGCCCAAUUUGCGCAGCAGCUGGCGCAGAUGCGGGAGUUCCUGAAGCGGCUGCCCGAUCUCCAGGUGAUGCUGAACAACGCGACACGGGAGCUGCAGCGGGAGAAGGUACGAGUGCGCGCCCUGCUGGACGAGGCGGAGCGCCCCGUCAACGUCCACCCCUUCCACGAUUUGGCCUCCGCGGAGCCGGAGACAUACGCGCUGGUGCAGCGAGUUCAGAAGCUGCAGCGCAUCAUCGUCCAGCGUCGACAGGAGCUGGAGGCGAAGGAGGAAGCAAUCCGAGGCGUGGAGCAGCGCUACAUGAAGUCGAAGGCCGCCGUGGCCCAUCAGCCGGGCCCUGAAAUCGCGGAGCAGCUCAGCGCCUAUCAGCAGAACUUAGUAAAGAAGCAGCAGCAGAUGCGGCAGAUGCAGGAGACGCUGCAGUUCUUUCGCGCACAAACCGAUCACUUCAAGGCGCGCCACGAUGUGCUGCGGGAGCGCCUCGCGGACAUGGGCAACGCGUACGCAGCGCAGCGCGCAACGGAGGAGAAGCAGGCGCGUACGCGGGAUGUCGCACGCGAUGGCGCGUCGCUCGACAGCCGCUCUUUGAGCAGCAGCGCGGCGGAGACGCCCGUCUAUCGCGGCUUUGUGGCGCCGCCGCGCCCCACUCCGACUUCCGACACCUCAGCAUCCGUUAAGGCGGAGUGA